CAGAGAGCUCGGAACACAGGCGUCCCGUUUGCAAGUGACCAAGGAGACCGCCAGAAGUGCGCCAGCCGGAGUCUGAGAGUUUCCUUCUGGCCGAGAGGGGGAGCCCCGCGUUCCCAGCCGGGAGCGACCCGGAGCCCCGCGCCUCGAGCCCCAGCCGCCGCCAGUUUUAGCUUCAGCGGGUUAGGAAGAGGAGGGAGGGGGCAGAGCGCGCGAAGAAGGAGGGCACCGGGGCCGGAGGGUCCCGAGUCCAGCAGUGUCUUGACGUCGAGAAACUUUCCCUCUCGGCCGCAGAAACGGCGCCCCGGCGGUGUGGGAGCGGAGAUCGCUCGGCUGCGAGGACGCGGCAGCUCUCCACGCCCCUGCCCGAAGCCUGACCCGACCGCAUCGGUCCGUAAGUUAUAUGUGAUUCCAUCUUACAUACAUAGGAGAGAAGGUGAUUGAAGAAUUCAGAUGGCAACUAUAUGAUUGAAACUAUUCCGUCAAACUAUCUGCAUAUUCUUUCAACUAUAUUUGAGCAUACUCAGGAUAUAAAGUGUGAUCGAACUGAACGUCUGUUUGGCUUUGGCUGAUCAUCAUGAACCGUGCUUUUAGCAGAAAGAAAGACAAAACAUGGAUGCAUACGCCUGAAGCUUUAUCAAAACAUUACAUUCCCUAUAAUGCAAAGUUUCUUGGCAGUACAGAAGUGGAGCAACCUAAAGGAACUGAAGUUGUAAGAGAUGCAGUAAGAAAACUAAAGUUUGCAAGACAUAUCAAGAAAUCUGAAGGCCAGAAGAUUCCUAAAGUUGAGCUGCAAAUAUCAAUAUAUGGAGUAAAAAUUCUAGAACCUAAAACAAAGGAAGUCCAACACAAUUGCCAGCUUCAUAGAAUAUCAUUUUGUGCAGAUGAUAAAACUGACAAGAGGAUAUUCACUUUCAUAUGCAAAGAUUCUGAAUCAAAUAAACAUUUGUGCUAUGUAUUUGACAGCGAAAAGUGUGCUGAAGAAAUAACUUUAACAAUUGGCCAAGCAUUUGACCUGGCAUACAGGAAAUUUCUAGAAUCUGGAGGAAAAGAUGUUGAAACAAGAAAACAGAUCGCAGGACUACAGAAAAGAAACUUAGUGUUCUCAUGUGACUUUGCUUCACUUCCUGAUGCUUCUCAUGGGGAUCAGAGCAGCAGAAGCAGCAGAUGCUGGAUUCAAGACUUAGAAACCGAAAACAUGGAACUUAAAAACAGAGUACAAGAUUUGGAAAGCCAGUUAAGAAUAACCCAAGUAUCAACAUCUCCACUGCUGCACAGAGUGUCUGAUCAUGAGCAACAUGGGUUUCAGAGAUGCUCAUCCUCUUUCUGGCGUAGUAGUGAUGAUGAUUCACCUUCCUGUCUCAAUAUUUCUUCCAUUACUGUCACUCCUGUCAACUCGCCUGAUUCCAGACUGUCAUUGGGACUGUUAAUACCACCACCUUCUAAAUGUGGUCAUCCCAAGCCAAUCAGUGAGAGCAGCAUCCCAAGACCUCAUGCGGGCAGUGUGACUCCUAAGUCACCCUCCACUGACAUCUUCGAUAUGAUACCAUUUUCUCCAAUAUCACACCCGUCUUCAACACCUACUCGCAACGGCACACGGCCACCUCCAAUACCUAGUAGAUCUACUGAAAUUAAACGGGACUUGUUUGGAGCAGAACCUUUUGACCCAUUUAACUGUGGAGCAGGGGAUUUCCCUCCAGAUAUUCAAUCAAAAUUAGAUGAGAUGCAGCGCCAGAGAUGGAGGGGUUCAAAAUGGGACUAACUCUUGAAGGCACAGUAUUUUGUCUCGACCCAUUAGACAGCAGGUGCUGAUGACAAGAACAAGAGAUCCAGAUUUGUGUUGAAUUUGUUUUCUAUACAUAUACAUCACUCAUUAUUACUUUAUGACAAGUAGUAUUCGUGUGCCAGUAUAUUUUUGAAAAUCUUAACUUUUUGAAAAUUAUUUUAGUAAAAGUCCUUCAUUAUUGAUCUAUAACACUUAUUUUAAAAACAACUCACUGAAAGUAAAUCAUACUUUUAUAUUCUUUUCUGUUUCUCUUGUAGAUGAAUUUAUAAUCAGAAAAUAAAUUACCCAAAUAUCUGUCUUGUGUCUGAGUUCUAAAUAAUUAGCAUCUUGAUAUUUGUGUUCAUUCUCCAGAUGCUAGUUUAUUAGUGAUUCCCAAAAGCCAUACCUUAAUGAUACCUUUCAAAGUCUUGACAAGAUAUACCAAGACCAAACUAAAUAUGUUCUAUAUUCAAACAAAUAAACAUGUUACCAUCUAUCAGACAGAUGUUAUUUGAUGUAUCAAAUGUUGUUCAUAUCAUUGGCAAAAUGUAAACUUUUACUAUAAUGCCACCAGGUCAUUUUCAGCAGGUAAAAUAGCAGAAAUAUAAUUUCCAAUAAUAAUUAAGCCAAAUAGAGUGUUUGUUAGUAAAAGCAAAGUAAUAGUGUUAUCUAUUAUUAACAGUUAUACUCUAAAUCUUUUAUUUAUUUAAAAAUAAAGAUUAUGGGAAAAAAUGAAAAUUUGCUCUUUGUAAAACACUUAAUAUUUAAUUUCUAAUGAGAUAAGUUACAUUGCUAAACAUCUGAACAUUAUCUGAACUAGUAUUUCCUAAAAACAUAUUUGGAAUAUAUGCUGUCUAUAAUUGCAGUGUCUACCACCCAUAUAUAUUUUACCAAACAUAUUUUUCUCACUGAAUAAUAUUCUUCUUCUCAUAUUUUCUCCUUUUUAUAGAUAUUUUCUCACCAAAUUUUAUUUUGUGACACCCCAUUAAUUUUGAUACUCUGAAAUCUGUAACAACUAUUCUUUAUGAAUCAUCCAUAUUAUUUAGCAAAUUUAAUUUGUGUUUGUUUUUAUUGAAGUCAGAAUCUCAUUUUUCACAUUUUUCAAAUGGCUUCUCAGUUCGGUAUAACAUAAACAAUAAAAUUUUCUUGUACUUAAUUCAUAAUAUGUCAAUGAGCUGUGACCCUUAAAAAUGUUUGUUUCCUAUACAUUUAUUUGCCCAUUAUGUAAGAGCCUUUAAUUUGUACUCACUGCAAGAAAAAUCUAUGGUCAAAAUUUUAAAUUUGGUUCAUCACAUCAUAAGAAAAAUAGAUUAAAUUAAUGAAAAUAUGAGCUUAGAUUAGAGGUAGAUCUUAAAAAUAGAUUUUUCUUUUACUCUUGGGAAUUUUUGUCAAGUGCUAAAGGUACAUAUUCAGUAGGGAAAGAAAUCAAAUAUGCUUAUGCAAUAUUAUAUUUGUAUGUAUCUUCAUGAUGUUCUAUGGUAUAUAUAAGCCUUCUUGUUUGUUUUCUGUUAUCUGCUAAGUUGUACCUUAAUUAGACGUUAGUAUGUGUUUCAUAAUGAAGAAUCUUUAUAAUUUUGUUUGUCAUAUAGUAUUUUGGAAUUUGUAUAAUGAGGAUGUUUAGAAGCCAUUUCAAUGGCUUUUUUUUAACAGAUAGAAUUUGUAUUUUUAUUGUACUUUAAAAAGCUUUAUGUAAUAGGUAUAUAUUUAGCAGCCAUUUAUUAUCAAUGUACAAUAGAGUACUCAAAUGGUAUUUGCACACUUAAGAUAUGUUACUUUACCAAUUUUUGAUGGUAAUCAAUUCUGCUACUGGCAUGACUAAAUAGUACAUAAUUGAUCAUUAAUUAUGAACAUAUAUUUCACCAGUGCAUUUUUAUGAAG